GUUAGUUUGUCCGUAGUGUCGUUCUAUACGUAUAGUGUUGGUGACUCGUGUUUGUUUAAACAUGGAGUGGAUAAAAGCUAUAGUGACAUUAGCUCUAAUUGGCGUCUGCAACUCAGAGAAAAGGCAGAAAAGAACCCUAAUAUUCCCACCGACCAGUCUUUACGGGGUUUUUGUAGCCAUAGCCGUGCCUUUAGACAUCCCUGACAAGAACGUGUUCGUCUCAUACAACUUCGAAGCGAACUACAGUGAGACGACCAACAUAACGCAGAUCGAUGAAGUACUAUUUCCUAAUCUACCAAUCAUCAGUUCCCGUCAAACUCGCAGUGUGACGAGGGAGCUCGCGUAUACUGUAUUGGAAAACCGAUUUCAAGAAUAUGGCAUGAAAGGCCGUGAAUGCAUGCUCAGGAACAUCUGUGAAGCCGCAGAGACCCCGCUCCACCACAAUGGCCUGCUUGGACACGUCAUGCACAUUAUAUUCACGCCAUCAUCAUCUCGGGAAGAAGGCCUUGACGACGCAUACUACGAGGCCGAACAUGAUGGCCUCCGAGGAGACUGUGACAAAUACUUGGACGACUGCCCUUACAGCCUGUUUGACGUUAUCACCAGGCUCGUGGAACUACCAUCGCAGAUUCGGCAUUCUUAACAGGACUUAUGAUUACGUGAAUAAAAUAUUUUGAUGCA